CUCUCCUCUCUACUCAACUCCUCUCUCCCGGCGGCGGCAAGAGCAGUAGGGCGAGCCCCCCGCCACCGGCAGAGCGGCUAGGACUGUGGCUUGGCCCUGGCGUCGUCAGAUCCCCGUGCCCCUGCUCUCCCCCUUCCCGGAUCCGCUUCUUCCCGGCCUCCAACCACGUCGGGUCGUUUAGCGGCAAGUCGUGGGGGUGGGGGCGGCGGAGAGAAGAGGACCUUCUAGCUCCGGUGUUAUAUACAUAAAUAAGCACAUAUAGACUUCGGAGAUCAAUAGGUGAUACGAUCGAUCUGACUCGUGAUGAGCCUGAAUGAACAAGAUGUGCAACCGGAUGGCAGUGCAAAGCCUGUUGCCAUCAAGUCGCCUGCCUCUGAUAGCGAUCAGAAACCGAGCAACCCCCGCGUAUCAAACUGCAGCACUGAUAAAGAUUAUGGCCUUUCUCUUUGCCGAGUGUGUCAUUGCGCGGAACCUGAUCUGAGAGGCGAGUCUGCUCUGGGUUUCUUAGGCAUCGUGCCACCUUAUCCAGAGACCUCCUGUGCAAGGACUGACAAGGACUCGAGUAAUGAUGCCACCAAAACUUCCACCAGCAAGGGUGGCUCUGACGCUCCUUCAUUUCUCGAGUUUAUAAGCCCCGAGGGGGAGAUAUUUGUAUGCGCCACUGAUGUGGAAUCAGGCCCUAUGCAUCGACAAGAUGCUGUUGUGAAUCUAGGAUGCUCUUGCAAGAACGAGCUUGCUCUCGCGCAUUAUGCGUGUGCACUCAAGUGGUUCAUCAGCCAUGGAUCCACUGUAUGCGAGAUAUGUGGAAGUGUUGCUUCAAAUGUAAGGCCUCAAGAUUUCAAUAAGGUCCUUGCGUCCGUAAAAGAUUAUGAAGCUCUAAGGGAAAGGACAUCUACAGGGGAACUUUCUUAUUUGCAAUAUAUGCCAGAUGCAUCUGUUGAUCCAGUUGCCCUUGCAGCAAUUCGGAGACAGAGGCUCUGUGAAAUAUCAUCAUGGUUUAAUCCUCACAAUUCGCAUGCGGCUGUCUAUCAGGGGCAAACUGUACAAUCACCAGUUAGCCCAGGUAACAAUUCUGUAGAGCAUAGCGUCGUGGCACCAAGGCCAGCACGUGUAAGCUUGAACUUGGAGGGUACUGGAGUUUAUGUCGCUCUUGCCCUAGGUUUUGUUGUUCUUGCAUGGUUAAUUGCUCCACGUGUUGGCAAGAAAGCUGCUGCAAUCUGUCUUCAUAUGCUUCUUGGAGGUUUAUGUUCACUGACUAUAAUAAUCUCGCUGAGAUUUGUUUUCCCUAGAAUCCAGUUUGGAUCAUUGCGUCGUUGGGCAAUCUUGUUCGUGGCCUGGUUCCUCAUCUUUGGAGUUUGGGCUUCACGAACUCACAACAUACGCGCCUCGUGAUCAUGGAGUAUUGGGUCCUCGCUCAGUCAAUGUGAGAAACUAGGAUUGCGCGAUAAGGGUACCCAUCCAGGGCAGUGUUAGACAAGCGUGCAGCCCUUCUUACAUGCUGAGGAGGAGCAGGAGAUGCAAGCACGGAGCAUCGCACACGUCCCAUGGCAGACACAGCUACAUAUCCCGAGCUUGUAAGUAAGGUAGAAGAACAGCAGGACUGCAUGUGUAUAUGUAUAGGAAACUGUGAGAUCAGUAUGGAGAUUUGUCGAGUCGAAUCCUGAAGCAGACACGUGUAUGUGUAUGUAUAUGUAUGUACCUAGAUAGAGGAGGAAGAGUAUGGCAGCCAUCUUUGCUAGGUUUGCUACGCAGAAGUUUUCGACGUAGCAUAUGAUGUCCCAUGUUGAACCGCAGGCUGAGCUGUGUGUGUCAAGUGUAAGAAUUUGCAGUUAGCAAACAACAACAACAACAAAAAGACUUGAAUGAGGGAUAGAUAGGUAGAUAGAUAGAUAGGUACCUGCAAGUUUUGCCAGAAAGGAAGUCUAGUGGUUUGGCAAGGAUGUCAGCGAUGGCUUUGGUGAAUCCUGACGCCACAGAGUCGAUGAUGUUCCCCAUUCCUCCCUCUCAACCCUAGUUGUUACUAUGCAAAUGUAUGUUCUGAGUGAGUUGCAAUCUGAAGACGAAAAUUGGAGUUAAAUGA